CAAAAUGGCCGAUAGUAAACUAACCGAUCAUACAGCGUCUGACAGUCAUCAAGGGGUUAUGCAUGUUUUGUUUACAGCUUGAGAAUAUCAGCCGCGCAAAAAGGACACUCGCCUUUCCGCGUUUUUUUCUACAAUUAACAUUUCGCCUUUCGGUGAUGUCAUUUCUUAUUCAACUUAGCCUUGAAAGCCUCGAAGAACUAGCUCGCUAAGCUAGCUACCUUGCUAGCCUGCUAGCGGUAGGUCUGCAAGAAUUUUUGCACAGAAGCACUUUAUGUCCUUUGUGAUUCCCGAGACAGGAGAAUCAGGAAAGGGAACAGCAGUUCAUGGAAGACAAGAAAAAGAAGAAAGAAGAUAAAAAGAAAAGGGAAACCUCUCAGAAGGUGCCAGAACAGAAAAUCAAAGUGCCAGAAUCAGCCAAGCCCUCCUGUACCCAGCCGCUCGCCACCCCAGGCUCAGUGUCCCCCAGCCCUGGCCCUAUUGCCCCCUCAUCCCCCAGUCCUGGUGCAGCUGGGGUUUCUGCACAAGUUCCUCCUGGUGGUGGGAACAAUGCAAAGCAGCGGACUGCUGUGGCCAACGGACAGCCCUCCUCCCCCUCUGGAAGCCAGACCUCCCAGCAGCAGCGAUACAUGUCCAGAGAGGUACCACCAAGAUUUCGCUGCCAGCAGGACCACAAAGUGCUACUGAAGAGGGGCCAGCCACCGCUGUCCUCCAUGCUGCUGGGGGGAGGAGGAGGGGAAGGGGGUGCAGGAGGGGUUGGAGUAGGCAGUGGCUGGGGAGCCGCCUCACCUCUUUCCUCACAGGGAGCAGAUAACCCCAAUGCAAACACAGCUGGAGCCACAGAUUCCAACCUGGGUUCAUCCUCUCCUUCACCCCCCACCUCCUCGUCAUCCUCAUUAUGUGUCGCUGGUCUGUCGCCGUCUUCUACUACUACUACUUCAACUUAUGCAAAUUCCACAUGGGGGGCAGGCUCUGUCAGCCAGUCCUCCUCUCAGGGCUGUGGGAAGGUGAUUGUGGAUGGGACUGACCUGGAGGAUUGGCCUAGCAUCCUAGGCGGGGCCAAAUUGAAUUCUGAUGGGGCUGCGGGAGGGACGCAGGAGCAAGACUGCCCCGGUAACAACAACAACAGUAGUGCCUCAUGGAGCGAGAGAAACAUCCAGCAGAAAGGAGGAGCAGCAGUAGGAGGAGGAGGAGGAGGAGCAGGGAACAUGGACAAUCCCUCCCCACCUCGUUCUUCUCCCCUAUCCUCCUCGUCGUCGCUUAAUGAAUGUGUUCAGUCAAGUGGUGGUGUGUGGGGAUCCUCCACCUCCUCUCAGGUGGAGGCAGGGCUGGGAUCAGCAGCAUUUUACAAUUCCAAAGUCUCCCAUCUUCUUCCUGGGCCUCAGGAGAGCCCUGUAGGUGGCAACAGCAGCGUCCCUGGUGCCAAUUUCAACCCCAACGUGAACCCCUCCGCCUGGCCCGCCCUAGUACAGGGCGGGACACCAACUUCGGCUAGCGACGGCCUUCCUUUACACGCGUCCAUUACAUCAGCUUCCUCGUUCUCUGCCAGCACCACCCUCAUCACCACUCACUCUCUUUCAUCUGUGAAUCAAACUGGCCUCCAUAGGCAGCACACUGACACAGCUGUGGUAACCAGGAGUGGAGAACAGCAGCAGCAGCAGCACUUGGGUAACCCAGGACUGGAGCUGGGUUCAGACGGAGGUGCGGGAGGAGUAGGGACAGGACCAGGACCAAAUCAAGAGGGUGGCAGUGAGAGGGAGAGUGUCACUGGUGUUGAAGAAGGGAGUGGGAAUCUCUCUGGCUCUUCAUCCUCUUCCUCUGCUGCCUCUUCCUCUUGGAGAUCCAUGCCUCCAGUGUCCUCUGACCUCAGUGCAGGUGUCUCACAGGCAGAUGGGUGGAAGGGAGGAGGGACUGGAGCUCAAGGGCAGGAAGGGAAUGUAUGGGGCUUUGGUAGCCAGGGUGACAAGGCAGGGUGGGGUGGGGGAAAUGACGGUGGCUCAAAUACCCCAGUGGUAUCUCAGGGAGCGUGGGAAGACGGGAGUUCAGAAGCAGAGUGGGGCGGCACAGCGGGAGGUGUAAGUUCAAGUAACUUAGCAAUAGGAAGUGGUAGAGGAGGAGACGGAAGCAGCAGCAACAGCAGCAGUAGUGGAGGCAGCGCGGGUGUCAGCAGCGGCAGCGUUUUGCCGGACUCUGCCUCACCAAAGUUUGCAACUAUAACAAAAGCUUGGGACAAUCAGAAAGGGAUGGAGAGUGGGGAUGGGGCAGUUGGGGAGUGGGAUGGAGGAGGAGGAGGAGGGGGGCAGGGUGGAGGCACUGGAGGUGGAGGACCUUCAUCCUCUAGUGGAGGAGGGUCCAUAGCUGGAAGCAGUGGAGGAGGGAGUGGUAGCGGACCGAAGCAGGAGCAAGCCUCGUCUGUGCACAACCACUCCCAGCAGACCUCCAAUGCUGAAGUGGCCUUACUGAGCAUGCUCAAUCGAUCUGACUUGGAUCCCAGGGUUCUGUCUAACACGGGCUGGGGGCAGACCCAGAUUCGACAGAAUGUGGCCUGGGACCUGGACACCAAGGCGGGAGCAGCAAACAGAAAUGAAAGAAGCACUUCUUCUUCUUCCUCUGCAUUCUCUUCAGGAACCAUGAACACUACCACUAGUCGCGGUCCUGGGUACCCGUCUAACACCAGUUCAAUAACUAAUGAUCCAUCUGCUGGCAGUCACUCGACCAGCAUGAACUCUGGCCCCACCUCAGUGAGGGAUGGUUGGGAUGGCGGUGCUCCACAGUCCACUUGUGGUUCUCACAUGCCUGGCAGCACUAUAAAGAAGCCAGGAACACCAGAAGAUGAUAUGGAGGGCAACCAGGCAAAGGCAGCUCGAGGCUGGGGUGAACUCCCACCUGAAAACCAGGGCAAAGGAUGGGGGACUGAAGAACAACAAUGGGGGGAUCGCAGAAGAGGUGGAGGAGGAGGAGGGGGAGGGGGAGGGAACUGGAGAGACUUUGGAGAACAGGGUAGUGGGUGGGGCGAUGGUCCAGAAGAAAAAGGGACAGGCGGAUGGAAGGGGACGGGAAGAGGAGAAGUAAGUGGUUGGGGAGGGAAAAGCGGAGGAGGAGGAGGAGGAGGAGGAGGAGGAGGAGGUGGUGGUGGAGGAGGAGACUGGGGACAAAGAGACUCCGUACCUGGAGGUGGGUGGGGAGACGGGCGGGGAGACGGGCGAAACAGAGGUGGAAGCAACUCUGAUGAGGGAUCUUCCUGGGGUAAUAUGGACGAAGGGGGAUCUCAGCGUGGAGGAUGGGGAGGGGGAGAUGUGGGUGGAGGCAAAUCCCACCAGGACUGGGGGAGUGCCAAGCCCCACGCAGCAGCAGCAGCACAGAUACCAAACAGCCAAGUGGCAACAAUGAAAGCCCCAAAUCAACAGCAGCACCAAUCACAGGGCCAGCAGCCACCAGGAGGACCCACACAAGGAGGGUGGAACAGCCGGCCUAGCGUCGGAGGUGGAGGCACACCAUCCAAGAAUCAGAACCAAAGUUCGGGCUGGACCUCCGGCCCAAUCCCCCAAAUCUCCGGCGGCGGGGGUGACACCCUGGAGCCAAGCGGCUGGGAAGAGCCGUCUCCCCAGUCCAUCAGCCGCAAAAUGGAAAUCGACGACGGCACUUCAGCCUGGGGGGACCCAACCCGCUACAACAGCAAGAAUGUGAACCUGUGGGACAAAAACAGCGCUACGCCUGGCCAAAGUCACAGUCAGCAGGCCCCACCACCGUCCAUGCAGCAACAGCCACCUAGAAGGCAGCAGGGCAUGCAGCAGGGCAUGCAGCAGGGCAUGCAGCACAGCAGGGACACAAACCCUAGCAACGCAGCAGUCGGCCCGGGUAUGUGGGGAGGUGCACAAUCCGUUGAUAAUGGUACCACUGCUUGGGGCCAGACAUCGGAUACAGCAAUAGGUUGGAGUGAACCAGAUGAACCUGGAAAAACUUCUGGCUGGGGGAACCCAUCACCCAACCCUGGUAAACCUGUCACAAAGUCGAUGGAAGGCUGGGGCGGGAAGGGAGAGGGAUCUGUGGCCGCCUCCCGACACCCCAGCUGGGACGAAGAAGAUGAUGGUAGCGGAGGGGUCUGGAACAGCACCGGCUCCCAGGGAAGCAGCUCCUCCUUUAACUCCGGAGGCUGGGGUCAGACUCACGGAGGAAAGAGAGGCAACAUCAAGGGUGGAGGAGGCGACAGCUGGAUGAACCCAGUGUCACGUCAGUUUUCAAACAUGGGUCUCCUGGGUGACGACCCAAGUGUUGAUAAGAAGAUGGAAGGAGACAAGAGAGGAAUAACUGACUAUAAUGGAGAGAUGAGGAGGGGAGGACGAGGUGGAGGAGGUUACCGAAUGCCUAGUUCCAAAGACAUGGGUCCUGUUGAAAUGGGGCCCUAUGGUGAAAAAAUGGGUGGCCACGGAGUGUUUGUUGGCAGUGGCGGAGGGAUGCCUCAGCCUCGAGGGAUGCACCAGCCUGGCAUGCAUCCCAUGAACCCUUCCCCAGGGUUACGUGCUCAAGUGCCUCAUCAGUUCCUGUCUGCUCAGGUGCCGGGUCCUAUGCUGAAGCAGAUGCCCUCUCCUGGCAGCAGCGUGGGUGGAGUGGUUGGAGGAGUAGGAGGCGUGGGAGGUGUCAGUGGCGUUGGAAGUGUCGGCGGGGUCGGCGGUGUUGGCGGAGGAAUGUUCCCUCCUCAGAUUUCCCCACAGCAGCUAGCAAUGCUCAGCAACAUUUACCCCCACAUGCAGCAGUUCCAUCUGGCUUGUCAACUCCUGCUACAACAGCAGCAGCAACAGCAGCAGCAGCAGCAGCUCCUGCAGAACCAGAGGAAGUUCCCUCAGCCUCAGCCUCUCAGGCAGCAGCCAGACCCACAGCAGCUGGCAAGGAUAAUGGCUAUUCUGCAGCAGCAAAGACAGCAUGGAGGAGUUGGAGGAGCAGCAGCAGGAGGGGGCUCCAAACUCUCUCCGUCUCACCUGGGCCUACCCAAACAGCCCAUGGUAGACCCCCUUCCGCAUCCCGGGAUGGGCAGCCCCUUAUCAGACCUUCAUGCCAAAACCCAAGGGAUGUACUCUGGGCUGGCCCCUGGCAGUAACCUGGCAGGACUGGAGCUCGGUCCCAUGAUGGGAGGGAUGAAGGACACAGGAGGACAACAGUCCCGCUUCAAAUGGAUGAUGGAGGGACAUUCUCCAGCUCCAUCUCCACCUGACACGAACCUUCACAAAAAUGGCCCUUUACCCAGCGCUAUAAAGGUGAGAGGAGGAUCCCCUUACUCCCAGUAUGACAUGCUGGGCAGUGAAGGUUUAGGUAUUCCCCCUCAAAGCUCAGCAGACAACUGGCACCGGACCCCCGGGAGUAAAAUGGGGAACAAACCUGCCACAUCGAGCUGGCCUCCAGAGUUCCAGCCCGGUGUGCCCUGGAAGGGAAUCCAGAGUAGUGGAGACCCAGAGUCUGACCCCUACAUGACCCCCGGUAGUGUUCUUGGUUCCCCAGGACCCCCAACCCUUAACGACUCUGACCACCAGUUACUGCGAGACAACAUAGGGCCAAACCCCUCCCUCAACACCUCGCUGCCUUCACCUGGUGCCUGGCCCUACAGUGCCUCAGACAGCCCCCUCAGCAAUGCACACAGCACAGGAAAGUACUCGGAGUACAAACCCAGCUGGCCCCCAGAGCCCAUCGGACAAAACAAGUUGUGGAAGACCAAUCGCACCAGCUCACAGCUGCCACGCCCCCCUCCUGGCUUAACCAAUCAGAAGCAGGCAUCACCUUCCCCAUGGGGUAGUGGAGGCCCGCGGUUAGCCCGGGGCUGGGGAGGGGGUGGGAUUAACCAAGAGUCAAGAUUUGGGCCAGGCUCAGCUUGGAGCGACGGUGUGGCCUCCAGAGGCAGUUGCUGGUUGCUGCUGAGCAACCUGACCCCUCAGAUCGAUGGAUCCACACUGAGGACUAUCUGCAUGCAGCACGGCCCCCUGCUGACUUUCCACCUCGGCCUGACCCAGGGCAGCGCUCUGAUUCGCUACAGCAGCCGGCAGGAAGCAGCCAAGGCCCAGGGUGCACUGCACAUGUGUGUACUGGGCAACACCACAAUCCUGGCGGAGUUCGUGAGUGAGGAAGAAGUUGCUCGCUAUUUUGCACAUUCCCAGGCCGGAGGGGCAGAGGGGGCCAGCUCAGGAGGGGCAGCGGCUGGCGGGACACAGGGCUCAUCUGGAACAGGCACAGCCGUGGCCAGCAGCGGAGGUAGCUCCCCGGGAAGUGAGCGGGCGUCAGCGGGCACAACUUCAGGUGGAAACGGAAACGGUGGCGGAGGAGGGGAAAGUGGAGGCGCAGGUUUAGGUAGUGUAAGGUCCCCCGGCUCCGGCUGGCAGAGUCUCGAUGGUACAGGCAGUUCUUCUGAAACGUCUUCAGCCCAAGGACCAGGGCUGGGGAUAUUUUCCCAGUGGAGCACUAACGGGGCAGGGGAGGGAGGAGGUGUCGGGGGAGUAGAGUCCGGGAGGUCCGGACUGUGGGGGGGCAUGACUGCGGGAUACCCCAGCAGCAGUCUGUGGGGGGCACCGCAAAUUGAGGAAAGGCACCAAAUGGACAGCCCUGCCGCUUUGUUGCCCGGCGAUCUGCUGGGAGGAGGAGCUGAUUCCAUCUGAAGAGCCCCACCCCCCACCCCCACCACUCUCCAAUUUGUACGUGUAGGUUUGGACACUGAUACGACAUACACUGGGAUACAUAUGUACUUACUAUAGCACACACACACAUUUACAUGGUAUGCAUAUUAAUGUACUACACAUUUACACACAUGUGCAUACAUAUACAUGGUAUGCAUAUUAAUGUGCACACACACAUAAAGCAGAAAUGUGAGACAUGCUUACACACAUUCUCGUGGCCAGACUUAAGCUAUUAUAUAAACAAAUGCAGGGACUGUUAGAUGUGUAUACAGCCUUUUUCCACAGAUGAAGAUUUCAACUGCUUAGACUUGAAACCUGAAAAAAAAAAAAAGAAUGAAAAGUCAGUUGGUCUGAAAGACUUGACUGGAUUGCAAUGUGCUUAGUAAAUAGGGGACUUUUCAACAGAUUUACAUACACAUGCACACACCAAAAACAGACAAGCCUUCAGACAGAUGGGCACUGUAAACAGCAUUACCUUCAUCGUAUAAGAGAUCUUAAAACUACUACAUGAUGUGAGGUUUAAAGUGCAGUUUGUAUUCACGUCUCCUUAAAAAGAAAAAAGGAAGAAAAAAAAAAAAAAAAGGAGACCGAAUCCAAACACAUGCAAACAGCUCUGAUUGACAACAAAACUGUAUCUUACUGUGUAUGUUGAGUUUGGGGUUGUUUUUUUUUCAGUUUGUUUGUAUGUAUGGUUUUAAUUUUUUGAACAGUGAAAAUAUUGAAAAAUGUCAUUGUUUUGUUUUCAAAAUGCUGACCUCCUACUGUUGUAUCUUGCGCACUCUUUCUCUGUUAUUCUCUCUUGAACAUGUUUGUUACUGUUGCAGUGAUAAAUGUUAAAAAUUGCUGGCAGUUUGAGGCUAUGUUGCAUUUCUCCAUGUGUGGAUACUGCGCACGGUGUCACACACACUAUGUGGACAUGAGUAUGAGUGAGACUGAGACCAAGUAAGUGGAUUAAACCACCACAGUUUUGUGCGUGUGUGUGAAUGUGAGGACAAUGUGUGUGUGCAUGUUACUGCCUGUCAUUAAUGUGGGCAAGGCUGCUUACUAUACAGAAGGUCUAUACAAAAUGUUUUGAGUGCAUUCGGUAUACUGCUGACUGUGUGUUAAGAAAUAUUGGCACUAAUGCUUUUUCUCUCAUUUGAAGUUGUUUGUUUUUUCUUUUUUUUUUAGCAGACUCGUCUUUUUUAUUGUCCGACCUGCAAUAAUAAAAAAAAAAAGAACAUUUUAAUGACACAAAGAGCUGAAGGCAUACGCGUUGAGAAAAUGGACAUGCCAAAUCUUAUCAAACUGUGUGGAACGGGAGGGAGGGGUGGGACGGGUUGUUUACAGAUGCAGAGUAAGAGUUACCGUACGUUUUUAAUGUUUUGUUGUUGUGUAUUUGUUUUAAAUUAAGACAGGCUUUAACACUCCUGUUCAGUGUUUUCGUUUUGAGAUUUUACAAAGGAAAAAUUUAUUUAAACAAAUGAGAACAAGAUUAAUAAAGAUGAAAGUAUUGGCUUCUAAA